AUGGAUCCAUCUCAUGAGAAGACCAACCCAGCCGAAGAGGUUGAGACGCUUGGCGGUGAGGCCAUGAACACAGAGAUAGACAAGAAAGCUCAAGGAGACCUGGAUGUUGGUGCCCAGGUCGUUCAAGGCCAAGACAUUCAUUUUACUGAGGAAGAAAAGAAAAAGGUCUUGCAAAAAAUUGACUGGCAUAUCAUUCCUCUUGCCGCCUGGGCGUGCGGCCUCCAGUUUGUGGACAAGUCUGGGCUCGGCGCUGCAGCAACCUAUGGUCUCCGUGAUGAUCUGGGACUUGUUGGCCAGCAAUACUCCUGGUGUGUUUCUAUCUUCUACUUCGGCUACCUCGGAGGUUCAUUUAUAUCUGGGCGUGGCCUCCAAUACUUCCACGCAGGAAAAUUCAUUGGAUGGGCCUAUUUCGUCUGGGGAUGCACCUUGUUAGGUUGCGUCGGGGCCCAGAGCUAUGGGACAAUGCUUGCACUGAGAUUUCUACUUGGGCUUUUCGAAUCUGCUCUCGUCCCCGGUCUUAUGCUCAUAACUACCAUGUGGUACAGACAACAAGAACAAUCUCUCCGCUUCGGCUUAUGGACGAUAACCAAUGGCGUCAUGCCAGUCCCCUUCUUGGUUAUUUACUGGGGCCUUGGGCACGUUAAAUCUGGCCCUUUGACGGAUUGGCGGCUCAUCUUCUUACUCCUUGGAUUGCUCAGCUGCUUGACUGGCAUUGCCCUCUUCUUUUUCAUGCCUGAUUCGCCGGUGACAGCCAGAUGGCUGAAUGAAAGGGAAAAGGCCAUUGCCAUUAAGCGCGUCGCAGACGAUCAACUGGGUGUCAAGAACACCCAUUUCAAAUGGGCACAGUUGAAAGAAACAUUGCUUGACCAUAGAUUCUGGAUGAUGGUUCUACAAAUGCUUUUCUCCCAAGCGGCAGGGAAUGUCACCACGAAUUUCCUCGGUAUCAUCAUCAAAGGGCUCGGCUAUACAGCAUUAAAAGCACAAUUAUUUACAGCGCCAAAUUUCGCCGUCCAGGCCGUGACCCAACUCAUUGUUUCUGCCCCACCGACGCUUUCCCAUCGUUUCCGCAACAUGAAGCAACCAUUGGUUGCAACGGCAAGCAUCAUCGCACUCGUGGGGAUUGUCUUACUCUACGUGACGCCUGCUGAGCAACAAUACCAGGGCCGUCAACUGGCUUCUGUGAUCAUCAUCUCCUGCUCAGGUGCAAAUUAUACCGUCAUCAUGGCCGUCAUUGGAACCAACACUGCCGGAUUCACUAGAAAGCAAAUCUCCACUUCAACUGCCUUCUUUCUCUAUUGUGUAGCCAACAUCAUCACUCCACAAACAUUCUUGGGUUCGGAAAGUCCUCGAUAUCACACUGGACUGGGAUUUGUCUUAGCCUUCCUAUCCAUUUACAUCGUUCUCUCCUUCUCGACCUGGUUGAUGAUGAGAUUGGAGAAUAGCCGCCGUGAUAAGAUGGCAAUGACCAACCCCGCUUACGCAGCCGGUGAAGCGAACAUUGACGAGAUGUCCGGCCUCAGGUAA